ACUUCCACGACGUUGAUUCGCUCUCCACACGCUCAAUUAUGUCUGCUCCGGCUUCUCGCGCUCUGAGGCGCUGCGUUUGCAAUGCCAAAUCUGCCCCAACGUACCUUCGACCCUCCACAGUUUCUCUCGCACAGCACAGGACACCACGAAGAUGGCAGUCGACUGAAGCCGCGGCUCCUACGAACCCCAAAAUCGCCGGCAUUGUCGACCAGAUAAGUCAAUUGACAUUACUAGAGACUGCAGAUCUUGUUUCAGCUCUUAAGACCCGCCUAAACAUCCCCGACAUGCCCGUGGGCGGCUUCAUGGCCGCCGGUCCCGGAUCCGGCGGUGCCCCGGCUGCAGCCGCCCCCGCUGAAGAAGAAGAGGCCGCGCCUGCUGCACAAGAGAAAACGCUAUUCAACCUGAAGCUGGAGAAGUUCGACGCGGCGGCCAAACCUAAGGUCAUUAAAGAGAUUAAAGCAAUGCUGGGUCUGUCAUUAGUGGAUAGUAAGAAGUUUGUGGAGAGCGCACCGAAGAUGAUGAAGGAGGGGGUGCCAAAGGAGGAGGCUGAGAAGAUUGUAGAGACGUUGAAGGCGUUGGGGGCGACGGCUGUCAUGGAGUAGGUGGAUAUGGAUGUGGAUGGGGUGGAUGGAGUGUAUUAUAUCAAGUGGUAUGGGAGGGGAAGAGUGGCAUGGAGAGGGGAGGAUGUGUACAGAUAGGAACGGGAUGAUUAUCUUGAAUGUAUUCGAGCCAAUGAAAAUUAACUAGAGC